UAUUUGGUUUUUUUGGGUUUUUGUUAUGGGAAUGACUUUGGGGUACUUUAUUUAAAUCUCGAGUUAUUUAUUAUAUGUAUAUGCAGAAAAAGCUGUUUUUUAAAAAACUAAUUGGCAAAUGGCUAAUAUUAACAUUUUUUUAGUAUUAACUUUUGGUAUCUAUGCAGGUAUUUCCAAGAUUUUAUUUGAUAAUGUUUAUAAGACUUCCAAUCUGGUUGUGGAUGAAGAGUUCCAUUUGCCUCUGGGGGAGAAAUACUGCCACUUCAACUUUAAACAUUGGGACCCUAAAGUAACGACAUUACCAGGACUGUACUUAGUGACCUCCAUUAUUUUAGGACCUUUUGGUUUGUGUUCCAUAUAUUGGCUGAGAACAAUUUCAUUCAUAUUUUCAUGUAUGAACUUUAUCCUGUUGUACAUGCUAUUUUCAAGCAGAGUAGAGGGAAAUUGGGAAAAAGCAUGUUCAAGCCUUGUGUUAAACCUUCUGCCACCAUUACAUUUCUUGUCUAAUAUUUAUUAUACAGAUGUAGUUUCUUUAUCUUCAAUUCUACUAUUUAUAAUUCUGAAUGAACGAAGGUGUCAUUAUUAUGCUUCCAUUGCAGGUGCAAUAUCAAUUUUGUGCCGCCAGACAAAUGUAAUCUUUGUUGCCAUUUUUGGUGGAGAAUAUGUAUUAAGAGAAUUAUAUGGCUUUUGGUCGAAGAAAGUCAAAACAAAUUCUGAUAAACCAAAUCAUAUCAUGGUCAAGGACAUAAAGCUCUUUAUUACUGAUCUGUUGACAACACCCGGAAGAGUUUUAAAGAAAACCACAAUAGAUUUUUGGUUGAAUGCUUCCUGCUACAUAGCUGUCCUGAUAUUUUUUUUGGUAUUCUGUUUAUUAAAUGGGGGUAUAGUGGUGGGUGACAAAAAUGCCCAUAGUGUAUCAAUUAAUAUUCCGCAAAUUUUUUAUUUUAGUCUGUUUUGUUUAGUUUUUGCUUGGCCCUAUUUUCUGGGCGAAGUGUUUAAUUUUUUUAAAUUUGCUAGAUGCAAUAAGCUCCUUAUAGUAGGACUUAUUGCAAUAUUUGGAUCUAUAGUUCAUUUUAACACAAUUGUUCAUCCUUAUUUACUAGCUGACAAUAGGCAUUUCAUAUUUUAUGUAUGGAGUAGAUUUUAUGGGAAAUAUUGGUGGUUUAGGUACGCAUUAAUACCAAUAUAUAUAUUUUCGUUAUAUGUGAUUAUCAAAACUUUGUGGAACAAAAAUGAUUUUAGCUUCUUUUUCAUGUUCGUCGUAGGGGUAUCGGCUUUACUUAUUAGUCAGAGUCUCUUAGAGUUAAGAUACUUUUUAGUGCCCUAUGUAAUAAUUAGAUUAAAAAUGAAAAAUUUAGGUAAGAAACGAAUUCAUUUAUGUUUAGAAUUCUUUUUUUAUUUGGUUGUAAACAUAUUGACUUAUAACAUAUUUUUUAAAAAGACACUUUACUGGAGUGAUAUUCCCUACCCUCAAAGGAUAAUUUGGUAGUAUUAAAUAGUUGUUUAAUUAAUUUGUUAGUUUACCGUAGUUCGAACGCAAUAUUUUUUUUUUGUACCAAGUACAUAUUUUCUUUAAGUACAAAUUAUACAUUAUUUUACAUUACAUA